CUAACUAGGUCUCAGAGUCUUCUAGGGUUUUAAGGUUUCCGCACAGUUCACACACACACUCUCGACUUCAACCGACGCACAUAUCAUUAUCAUGACUACCGAAGAGAAAGAGAUCCUCGCCGCCAAAUUGGAAGAGCAGAAGAUCGAUCUUGAUAAGCCUGAAGUUGAGGACGCUGAUGACAACGAUGAGGAUGACUCCGACGAUGAUGAUGAUGACGCAGAGGGACAAGAUGGAGAAGCAGGAGGCAAGUCAAAGCAAAGCAGAAGCGAGAAGAAGAGUCGCAAAGCUAUGCUGAAGCUUGGAAUGAAACCCAUCACUGGUGUCAGCCGUGUUACCGUCAAGAAGAGCAAGAAUAUCAUGUUUGUCAUAUCAAAACCUGAUGUGUUCAAGAGCCCUGCAUCAGACACAUACGUGAUCUUCGGAGAGGCCAAGAUCGAGGACUUGAGCUCUCAGAUCCAGUCACAAGCGGCCGAGCAGUUCAAGGCUCCAGAUCUCAGCAGCAUGAUCUCAAAGGGUGAGUCGUCCUCCAGCGCUGCAGCAGUGGUGCAGGAUGAUGAUGAGGAGGUUGACGAGGAAGGAGUUGAGCCAAAAGACAUUGAGUUGGUGAUGACCCAAGCAGGUGUGCCUAGGCCAAGAGCAGUGAAGGCUCUCAAGGCUGCUGAUGGAGAUAUUGUCUCUGCUAUCAUGGAGCUUACCACCUAAACAAACUUCUUUUGUGUGGUUUAACUUGAGUUAUAUGUCCCAGAGAUUGUCAAAAAGGAUUCGGAAUUUUUUUUUUUUGACUUUCAUGCUUUCUUUUAAGUGUUUUCAAUGUUGUAUUAGUAAACCUCAUAAAUUAUUGAAUUUAAGUUUUUGCAAUUA